UCUGACGUCAUGACGCACUGACGUAAACAUCCUGCCCACGCAUUCGUUGAUACAUAGAACAUAUUGAUAGAACGGCACGUUCGUUGGAACUCUGGUGCGUUGGUUCCAUAUUAUCUCAAGAUCUCAGUCGUUUCGAUUACGUUGCAAUGUUUUCUGAAAACGUAAGCGUUACACUGCGCUGCACCUGCUAAAGCAGCAGCUGCGUUUACUCUGAAUUCACGUUAAACAGUUGCUCACCAAUUAAGUUGGUCGAGGUUGUUUUCGGUUAAAGGACAGCCAGGCUGUCUGCCUCAACUAUCAACCACAUGUCGACGGAGGAUCUGUCCACAUCCGACAGCGAGGCUGCCUUCGCGGGAGCCGGGGAGCGCUGGGCGCCCGUGGGAGCCGUGGCCAACCCGGAGGAUGAGCAGUGGAAGCGGGGCACGCAGGCUGGCUCUGUGUCGUCCAGCGAUGCAGAACUGGUAUCCAGGCUGAGGAAGCUGGAGGAUGAGCAGGAGCAGCUGAACUCGUCGCUCCUCGCGUUAACGUCUCACUUCGCUCAAGUGCAGUUUCGGCUGAAACAGAUCGUGCACGCGCAGAGCGACGAGAAAGAGAGGAUGCUGCUGGAGCUGGAGGAGUUUGCCUUCAAAGGAUGCCCUCAUGUCAUAGGCUGCAGGGCACAGGACGCUCAGAUGCUGGAAAACGCUGAUGAAUUGAGUGAAAGAGAGAAGAGGGAACGCUUGGAGGCUCAGAGAAACAAGCAGAAGGAGCUGAUUUUCCAGCUGAAGACUCAACUUGAUGACCUGGAACGCUUCGCCUACCAGGAGGGCAGCUAUGACUCACUGCCUCAGUCUGUGGUCAUGGAGAGACAGAGGGUGAUCAUUGAUGAGCUGAUUAAGAAGCUGGAUGUGAAUCUGAAUGAAGACAUUGGGAACCUCACUCCAGAGGAGCUGCGACAGAGAGUGGACGCCGCUAUAGCUCAGAUAGUCAAUCCGGCUCGAGUCAAAGAGCAGCUGGUUGAGCAGCUCAAGACCCAAAUCAGAGACCUGGAGAUGUUCAUUAACUUCAUACAGGGUGAGGAGGUCUGCUUAUGGGUCAAUGCUGUGAUGCUCAGUUUUGUCAUAUUUAGUCAUAUACAUAGAGUUUUAAGAGCCAACAGGCCCUCUGUUAACACUGGAGCCACUGGAGGGAUGAAGCUGGUGGAUCCCGAACAGGCCCAGAGGAUGCGAGAAACCGGGCUUCAGCUGAUCCAGAGAGCCUUAGCGGUGCUGCAGAUCUUUGCUCUGAGUCAGUUUGGAUGCGCUGCGGGUCACGUGCCCCAGAGCGUGUGGUCUCAGUGUGGCGAGGCUCAAGAUUAUGGCCCCCUGCUGCAGAAACUCGAAGGAGCCGUGGAGCAUGUACGUCUGCAAGCCUCCCGCCAGCAGCCCAGCUCUCAAGACGAACACGUGGUCAGCUACUCUGCCUGCCUGACGCCUGGAGGACCUCGGGACCAACUCACCGCUUCUGUGCGUAAAGAACUGGCCUUGGCGCUGCGGGACCUGCUGGCCCACGGACUGUACGCUCCUUCUCAAGGCAUGAGCCUGGUCCUCGCCCCCAUUUCCUGCCUGCUGCCCUUCAGCUCUUCUCCCCAAACCCUGCAUCCCUGGGAACUUUUCAUCAAGUACUAUCAUUCCAAAAACGGCCAGGCGUUUGUGGAAUCGCCCGCCCGCCAGCUCUCUCAGUCCUUCAGUUUGCCUGUAGGGGGCGGUCCUGUGACGGUCACGCCCAAGCAGUCUCUGUUAUGGGCCAUCCAUACGGUUCUUAAAGAGCAUGGGCGAUUCAAGCGCAGCGCAGACUCUGAGUUUAAGGCCUUGGUGUGCAUGGCGCUCAAUGAGCAGAGGCUUGUGUCUUGGCUCAACCUUCUGUGUAAGUCUGGGACGCUCAUCCACUCACACUACCAGCCCUGGAGCUACAUGGCCCAGACGGCCUUCGAAGGUGCCCUGCGUAUCUUGGGCCGCCUCAGCCAUCUCAAGUUCAGCCUUCCUGUAGAUUUGGCUGUCAGGCAGCUUAAAAAUAUCAAAGAUGCUUUCUAAGCAAAAGAAAUAAAUGGGAAUUUUGAUGGGUGGAGGAAAAAGGGGACCCAACCCUUAUAAUCUUAGAAAUUAUUAACAAAUCACACUAUUUACACUAAUAUAAAUAACACUAACAACAUUAUAUAUAACAUGAAUUUCAAUCAAUUUAAAAGAUGCUCCCAGAGCAACAAGUACACUGGAAUUAAAAAUUGGAAAUGAAGCAACUCAUGCACUUUCUUGAGACUCUGUUGGGUCUGUUGCUCUUGUCUCUAAACUGAAGAGGAUUAUGAUGAAGGCAGGUUUUAAUAUGCUGCACUGGUCACAACACAAAGGAAAUGUGCUCAGUUUAGUGACCCUGAGCAUGUAACUGCCUCUACAUAACCUUUGAGAGGAUUUGUUAUGUUAAGCUUUUACCAAAAUCAACCACUAUGUAAAAAAAUUAGUUAUUACUUGAAAUCUUUUCCAGGGCCAUUGCAAAUGUUUGAGAUGCACUACAGUAUCUAUAUAACAUAUUCUAUACACACACACACACACACACACACACACACAGACAGUUACAAAAUAGUGACUAGUGACUUAAUGGUUUAAUUACUUUUUUGUUCUAAAUCAUAAUCAUAAGAUGUUUUAAUUAAAGAUUGGAUACCAUUUGGAUUAUUAAGGGUCAUUGCAUUUCAAACAGCGGCAUAGCGCAUAUCAUUGGUUUAUUGCUAGUGCUACUCUGUGUUCGUAUCGCUUUCUGAGGAGACCAUGCAUGCUGGUGAGACCUCUCUUAGGUCAAGCAACACUCUCAGGUCAUUCUGAACAAACAACGAGAUGUUCAGUGGUGUUUGUAAAUCAAAUAACUCCUUUCCACAGCCUGGCCCUUCCGGCCAGGUGACACCUUUAAAAAUGAUUGUAGAAAACUGCAUCUUGUGGUGGUGCUACCGGAGGAGAUGCACAGCAAGUGAACUGAAUGAAAUGAGGUCAUUUGCUGAAUAUGAGUCUGAUAUGCUGUGCAUUGGAACUGACUGAAUUAUGUAUGGGCUGUUUUGUGAUGCCAGCGUUCAGAGGCUCUGCUUGAAUACCUGCUGUGUCUGUGUUUGGUCAAUCCUUGUUUACUGCUCUGAAUUAUUGAAUGUACAAUCCUUGGAAUUGUAUCCUGCUACUGUACCCGAUCUGAUUCCAGAUUCCUUAAACCACUCUGAAUACUGAUUUACUGAAACCUUCAUCAAGUAAGAAGGGGCUGUUUGUUACCCCACGUCAUGGAAAUUGAUCCUGUAUUCAGUGUAUUUCUCUGCACCAUUAGAAUAUGGAGGAAUGGUUGUGAUGCAUUUAUGAGGGCUGCUCAGUUAGUCUCACUCACACCCUGCUUUACUUCUUUUUUAUAGUAAUAUAUCAGCCUGAAUUCAUGCUUGGCCUAUUUUGAUGUCCAUGUUUGUUUUGUCCUGUCAAAUCUAUUUAAGAAAUUAUUAUUGUCUUUGUACCUCUUCUUAGAAAGAAAUAGACUAUCAAUUAUUUCAAUAGUGAUUUCAAAUCAGUGUCAAUUACAUUCCCUUUUCUAAAAUUUGUGCCAUCAUUUUUGGAUGUAGUGAUGGUCUCUUUUCGUUGAUUUCAUGGAUUAAAUGUUCUGAAUGCUCUAUGAA